AUGAAAAGGGGCUUAAAGGCGGAAUCCUGGGAGUGUAGGAAGAAAUUUUGGAAAUACAGUCCUCUAAAUUACAAGUACUUACAUUCUUCAAUACUAGAACUGCCUGUAGGCAUGCUUGACGCAAGUGUAGAUAACAGUCUGCCUCCCCAGAGUAUUAAGGUGCGUGACUUCAACUUUUCUGAGGAAGAUUACGAGGUAUUGCGAGAGUUCCGUGAAAUGAAGACCGCGUACGUUGUUUUUGGACAGAAUUAUCUAAACUUCGCAUACCUUAAGGCGGAGCACAGUGCCUCUAACUAUUUGAACAUAGACAUGAAGGAUGGUAUUACGUCGAUGGUAAAGAAGUUUGCUCCGAGCACGAUAAACCAGUAUGGGGUGACACUCGCGCCGUAUUUGUUUCUUCUGUUCAACGCCUGGCGCCUGUCUUGUUUCGCAGAGCAUGCUUUUCUUCCUCAUAGGGUUAUCGAAAUGCUAACACAUGAUCCUGAAAGACAGGAUACCAUUGUUUACAAGAUGAAAGCCCUCGGAAGAUGUUUCGAUAACUGUCUUCGGGAGAACAUUUACCGUGAAUAUUUGGCUCGCUGGGUAAGAAUGUGCGCGUUCAACUUUCCAGCGUGGGACCGUACAGAUGUCCCGUGUCCGGAGAACACAGUGACUAAGGCGCGACGGAUCAUGGAUACGAUAAGGUGCCUGAUAGUUUUCACAUGCUUUGCCACUACAGAAAAUGUGUCUGAGACCGCCUACUGGCUUGCAAGUCGCAACUAUCUCUCUGUGAUUAACUAUUGGGGGUGGUUCAGACGUUUGUACCAUACGGUUGCUAAAGAAGGAAUUGAGGCCACGGUGCGAGUGACGGUGAAUCCUGAUGAACGGGCUGUACGUGUGGAGGGUAAAUUGAUCUCAUUCGAAUAUGUGGCUCAGAUGAAAAGUGACUUGAACAGGGACCUCGAGGCACAUGUGGAGGAACUGCGCCGGUGGCUGGAGUUCGGAAGUGUGUCCGACGUAUACAUGACUGUGAUGGCGAAUAGGAGUAUAUGUGUGGUAGAAAACCUUUCUGGACAGGACUCCGUGUUCAAUGUAAUAGGUGCGGAGGCUGUCAGUGGGUAUACCAUGAGAUUUCGAGAGCAGGAAAGUGCGCAGAAUGAGCAGGUCCGCGCCAGUAUACUAAAGCUCGUCAACACUAUAACAAAACUCUUGAUGUUGGCAGUCUGGAUCAAUCCCGGUCUGGCGCUUAGAUUUCCGGAACUGAGCAUCAUUAGUUUUGGCGGUUCGCACCGAAACCUGUACUUUGAUUCCGACGAUCGUGUGUUCAUCAUUCGGUCAAGGUAUAACAAAAACACAAAGUACGACACCCGCUUGCUAUUUCUGGAUGCAAGAGUGUCUGCACAGCUAUUCUGGUUUAUUUAUAUCCUGCGGCCGUUCACGAUAGUACUUUUGGGUGACGACAUCUCUAAAAUCAAUAUAUCUGCCAUCAUGGGUGCCCUCACACCUCAGGAGCCGCUUACAGAUACGCAUGACACUGAAGAAGAAGUGGAGGACAUAAACUUUAACGCCGAGCUGUAUUAUCACCAAAUGGAGCUACGAAACCGCCUGAAUAAUGCAUCGCCACAGACGAUUGGCAAUGCUAUUUUCAAGAGUAUGGUCUUUCUGGACGUAAGGAAGUUGGUGUUGGUGCAUCGGUCAACGUUUUCGAACAUGCUUCUCAAGUAUCCGACAGCGACGGCAAUGAGAGAGAGCCAUAGGAUACGGUCGAUGCGACAUGGUUUGUCGGCUCUGUGGAAGCACUUCAUUGCGGGGCAGCUGUACGAUCAGACCCUGGAACUGGGACAGGCGGUUGCUCGUGGGUUUGGACAUUCAGUGUCGGUGGAUGCUGCAGUGUACGGGUUUGAUAACUCACGUACCGUUGGUCCAAGGGAGGUCCCGUUUGUCUCAGCAAAAAAGUUGUGUCAAAUUUUCCAGAAAUUAACACAGAAAGGCCCUCUCAUCACUGACAAGGCUUGCACAACUAGCGCUGCAUCUGAACCGGAUGAAGGGACGAUUGGUGACUACACCAAUCUAUGCGAGGCAGGGUCAGGUAUUAUCAGCGGAUUCAAGUUCAGGUCGGUGGAGCAGGAGAGGUUUACGAAUAUGAUAUUGACAGGCGACAGAAAUGUGCUGGCGCUUCAGGCACCAACAGCUUUUGGCAAAACCAUGACUUUUGUGUUACCAAUGCUCGUUUUAAAGCGCACACGACCCGGAAAAUACGUGCACUUUGUAGCUGUACCAUAUGUGUCACUCAAAAUAGCAACCAUGCAAAGACUAGAAGAAGUGGGACUCGCGGUUGCAGAUCUGAAAUUACUAGGUUCAGCGGAGUGGAAAAGUAAGCUGAAAAAUACAGAUGUGCUAGUAGGUACAUUUGAUAUGUUUGGGACGCACGCGACAUUUUCCUUCAUCAACGGGUGGCAGGAAGAACUGAUGUGCGUACGGCAGAAGGGGUACUUUAUUCUCGAUGAAGCACACGCACUGUGGCUAGAGCAGGAUUUCAGGGAGGAAUUAAAAGAGAUACACUCACUGCGAUGGAGGGAGUUUCUAAAGAUAGUCUUUAUAAGUGCUACGCUUCCGGCAUGGCUGAUGGACGAGUUGUGCAAGCAAUUGAAUCUAUCACGAUACAUGGUGAGGAAUGCGGGAUGGACGAACGCUGUACACCAGGUGCCCAACCAGAAAGUGCUGAAAGAGGUGACACUUGUUCCGCAGAAGGAGUUUGGAGGAGCAAUCGAGCAGCGUGUGAACAGUUAUCUGCUGGGUACUGCUACAGGCAAGGCUAUCUUUUUCUUCAGCAACAAGGCGCGGAUGCGUCACUGCUACGCGCGGUGGAAGAAGGUAGUGGCUGUGGCCGCGGUUGAUUCGGAGAUGCCGGACCGCGUGAAGCUCUCGGUAUUUCGCGAAUUCGAGUCGGCAGCAAGUCCGGUGCGCGUGAUCAUAGGGACCAAGCUGAUAUCGAACGGUCUUGACUGCAAUGCGGUGGACUAUGUGUGUCUGGCAGACUGUGAUGUGGAUAUGAUAGACUUUUUACAGAUGGUUGGACGGAUCAGGGGCAGUGGGUACCUCGAGGUGGUUCGGAUAGCUGGAAAGAAAAAGGAGUUCAGGGAUGCAGUUGCACACGAGGACUUGCGGAAUGUGAACUGGAGCAAGUGUAUAACGGAAACAGUGGCGUCGUUCUACUCGGUGCCAGCACCAGACCAGAUCACCAGCUGUGUUGCAACUCGUGGGAGGAGCAAAGUUGUCCGAGGGAGAUUGGCGAGGUGCGCAGAGCUGUACACAGUGUAA